CGUGAACCAACACACGCGCGUACUCCAUUCGUUUGCACAGCACUUUCUGGUUAACAGUGACGUCACACUUUGGUACUCAGUGCACAAAAUCCUUUUGGCCUGGAGAAAAAAACAUCUUCUGCAACUUUCUGCGUCUGCACUAGUCCGCUGUUGGAAGAGAACUCAUCCUUCCAGAACAAAGAAUUGCUCUCUCUGUAUAUGUAGCAGAGAUUCAAAGCUCAAAAAGAUGAUACCAAGAUGGGGUUACGGUGCAUUUUAAAGUAAUGGUUUUCCUUCGGAAGCCAAGUUUAUGGAAAUUCUGAGUACCUUUGUAGCCCACGCCUGUAAUGUAACGCAUCGGCUGAAUUCAAGUUAUAGGCGACAGCCUUACACUUACACCCUCCUGAAGACGAACAGAGCAUACUGUUUGGAACGUUGAUGUCCACCAUCGGUUCUUCUCAGAACCACACACUCAUAAAAGAGAUUCUUCCUUGUACGUGCAACCGCAAGCCUACCUAAUUCAGUGCUUCUACCAUGCUUAGCUGCAAGUCUUAUCUAACCUUACACUAAUUUGAAAUCCUAUGUUGUCACUCUUUGAAUCCACUGAGUUACUACAUCCAGGUCCUGCUCUAUGAUUUGAUAUAAUAAACCACCCUUGUGCUAUCAACUCCUGUCAGUCAUUCCGUCUGUACCCUGAACAGUGUUUCACGACAUCGGCAAAAAAGUGCCGAAGCGACUGGAAGUGGGUUUAAACAGAAACGCAACUGCUCUCCUUUGUCACGUUACUAUCUGUGCGGGCUCUGGCCAGAGCACUAUAUAAGACUUUAGUUGACUUCGUGGCUUCACGUUUCUGUCGCUUGUUCUGCCUCUUCUUGUUAAAAAUGUACAUGAAGGUCGCCAUGUUGAGAACCAGCACAGCAGUCACGAUGCCCAUUCCAACAAAGAGCGCUUCGCUCGCAGUCCAGGUGAAGACCGGUCUCGGGGUGCUUUGUGACUUUUCUGAUCUUCCAAGUGGUAGUGAUGCUGCACCUUCUGAGACGGCACAGGGAGCUGGUUGCUCCCAGCUGCCAGAUCUGACAACUUUGGUGAUAUACCACAGGACCCUGGGCUACUUUCAGCAGCGUGGACAUCCCGCCUUGUGUCAAAAGUCGAAGAAAGUCUGCAGUAAGCGCUGGCUUCAUCAAAGACGCAACCAGGCACCAGACAGUCUAGAGAACAUUCUGUGUUUGUACGUUCGGCACACGGCGAGGCUGUUGCCAAACCAUAGUUUGCGCAGACAGAGCAGGAUGCACAGAAGUAAUACCUACGUGUUGUAUGAAGAGCUUGCUGUGACCCAGAAGCCCUCACCAGUCAUUGUGGGUCAACCUGUAACAUUUACAUGUAACGGAACUUUCUACAAAGAAGAACCCAUCAUUGAGUGGUAUCUUGAUCCUCGUGUUCUUAACAAAACCACAAACAAGAGUUCCUCUCCAAACAUACACCAUCCUGACUGUGUUGAUUUCUUGAGUGAAAUUUCAUUUACACCGGAGAGGGAUCAUGCUUGCCUGACCGUCAAAUGCCAAGCGACAAGUCCUUACACAAUUUUAAUUGAGAAUGCAACAUUGGAGAUACAAGCUCCACCAACGACAAGCGAAAUGUGUGUAUGGAACUCUCAAGAACACGUCUGUCAUGUCUGCGAGAACUGCAGCAAAAAUGCCAGUGUGGGUGAGAGUUUGGGUCUUGAAUGUACUGCCAAGGGUUCGAUUCCCGUCAGUCACCUGGCUUGGCAGGUCAAAGACACCAUGGGCGGGUUGAUGGUACACCCUAACACGGAUUACUCCGAGACAUACAACGACGCCUCUUGGAGUUGGGAUGUUAUCAGCAAAGCCAAGGUUGACAUCAGCGCGGGGGAGAGAUUCUUUGUUGUCACGUGUCAGGUCUUGCAUCCUGACGACACGAUUUUCACAGAGAAGCAUCUCACUGUGUUUGUGGAAGGUGAUCAGCCGGAAGGAAACGCUUGGAAACUUGGAGUCGCCAUAUCCAAUGCCUUGCUUCUUCUCAUAGUCAUUUGUGUGUGCUGCAUCGUUUUGACGAGGAUUCAAAAACGGAGGAAGAACAAGAAAAAAACGAGCGACAGACAAACUCAAGAUGAAGACACCCAUCCAAUGAUCACACAACCUGUUCAAAAACAACAAGGAGGAAACCUUAGACCAGGUGUAACACCCGACCAAGUAUCUGGGGCCUUUAUUCCCGAAUGGGAAUUCCCGCGGCAAAGACUCAAGUUUCAAGAAAUCAUUGGGGACGGUAACUUUGGCCAGGUGCACAAGGCCCUAGCCAAGGGAAUAGUACGCCAUGGCGUCGACACUACGGUUGCGGUUAAGACCAUCAAAGGUGAGAGUGGCUCCUCAGUGUGGUCUGACUUCAAAAAUGAACUGGGUAUAUUCAAAAACCUAAAGCAACAUCCUUACGUUGUCUCCAUUCUCGGCUGUUGUACGAUGACAGAACCUUUCUGCAUUAUCAUGGAGUACGUCCCUAACGGGACACUGCAGGCCUACGUCACUCAGAGACGUCUAGCUUGGACCAAAGCCAAGCUCAGCAACACUGCGCCAAGGGAAGCGUUGGGCGCCGUGCAUAUACUCUCAUUCGCUUUCCAGAUUGCCAAUGGCAUGGAAUAUCUCUCUUCCAUGCACUUAAUUCAUCGUGACCUCGCCACGCGGAACGUGUUAUUGGGGGAGGGGCUCGUAUGCAAAUUGUGUGACUUCGGCUUGGCUCGUGACGUCACAGGAAGCGAUCAGUAUUGCAUGUUAUCUGGGAGUGCCGUGCCCGUUCGUUGGUUGGCCGUGGAGAGCCUCCUUACCAACACCUACACCACUAAGAGUGAUGUCUGGUCCUUCGGAAUACUUCUCUGGGAGUUAGUGACACUUGGUGCACUUCCCUAUCCUGACAUGUCACCCGAUGUCAUCAUUGAUUCCAUUCGGAAUGGACUUCGACUUUCCAGACCAGCCCACUGCGGAACCGCACUGUAUAAAUUGAUGGCGUCCUGCUGGAAAACAUCCUCCAAAUCAAGACCAAGUUUCACAGAACUGCAAAGCAGACUGGACCUGUUCCUGAAAUUCGAUUUGGAUGCCCUGGACAUGCCUAACUUCAUGGCUGAGUAUUACACCUACCUACCCUGAAUCGACCAUGAAAAGCUUCACUUCAGUACGUUAAGAGGGGAAACCAGCCUGGUGGCUCAGGGUUAUUUUGGGACAAGUCCUCUCAUGAACUUCUGCUGUUUGCUUGUUUUUUGACUCUUGGACCUAGCGAUUUUUCUUGUAUCACACUAUACACAGAAAAGAAUAAUAAAAUCCAGUAGCCCAUAAAUGUUUUUUCUAGCACAACAGUUUUCACUCUUUUAGAAGCGAAAAUCUUUUUUACAUAACAUAUUACACGCACGAAUUUGCAUAUGUAAAUUGCAGAAUAACAGUUGUCCGCGUAGAACACAAGAGGGCGCUAUAUACGCUCUGUGGUUAUGAAGGAAGGCUCAUUUUAGAGUAGGCCUAAUUAUGCACGACCCUGCACAGAAGUACUGUGUCCUGUAUCCUAUCCGCAACGUCUGGUUUGCUGUUACUACAUGUACUCUCGUACUUAUAAUGUGUACGGAGUUAUUUUUCUUUAACAUUGCUAAUACAGCUUCGUAAAAACCUUGACCAAUUCCUUUUAAUACAAAUGGCCAACGUUCGCAAACAUCUUAUUCAACCCCCCCCCCCACAUCGAGGGGGCAUAUGUCAACUGUCUAGUAGUAAGCAUUAUAUAUUAUUAUGUAAAGCGGGAGUGCAAAAUGUAGUUGUUCGAGGUGUAUUUUAUUAGAGUUUGUUUUUACUUACUUGAUUUUACUUUGAAAGAGAAGAUGUACAUAAAUGUUGAAUUAAAGGAAAUCAGAAAGGCAACAACGAAUGUGUGACGAGAGGACACACUACCCUUUUAUCAAUCGACCAUGCCACAAAAAUGACAACGUACUAUCAAGGUUCAAAGGUAACAACUGGAAGCAGAACAUUUGUACAGAAUAUACCUACGUGUAUCUGUAAACUCUGAGAAUUUAUUGCUGGUUAUCUUGGAAAUUUGUGAGUUUUGAGUGACGUAACUGUUACAUUUCCGUAGCGAAAGGGACAGUUAAUUGAGUAUCGGUACUUCAUUGUAACGACAUCACUGGUGAGUCUAUCUUAUCAAGCGUGAGAAAAUCGGCUCGACUCGGACAGUUUCGGAGUACCAUAGUACUUUACCUCACACAACACGAAAAAGGGAAUAAAUAUUUUUGAUAAAUUGAGCAUUUAAGUUCUCUUUUUGGAUCUUUAUGUUUUAUGUAAUAACUGUUAUUAAGAGAUGAUAGAUGAGGGUCUAAAUUGAAAACAUACAAAGUUUUGAUUAAAUUUUGUGCAUGUCCUUAUGGGAAUGUCUCCUACUAGUAAUGACCCAUUUUCGGUAAUAAAGAAAAUAAAUGCAAGCAUAUGGUGAAAAUAUUGGAAAUUCCGCGAUGAGAAUUUAUAGUCUGAUGGGAAUUCCCUCCUCUUGAAUAAUCAAUAGACUUGUUCUUAGUCCUUGCACUGUCCCUCAGACUAUGAAUGUUGUUAACGGUUGCAACAAUGUAACUCCGAAAUAAAACCUCUAGCUUUAUGUUUAUGAGGAAACUAGCAUAUAGCUACUCUAAAAGUGCAUUUUACCAUCAAAUUGGUUAAAGUUUUAUGUGCUGUUGAAGGUUUUGUACCUUCUCGUGUAGGUUGUUGAGCAUAAUGAAUAAAUGAAAAAGAACAUUAGGGGCCUAUCAUUGGGCAGCCAUAGUUGAUAAGCAGACAUCAUCAGAGAAAGUUCAAGAGAAUAAAAACAUUCCGGACUAACUAUAUUUGGAAUCAUCAUCUCUUCGUUUUCAAAGGAAGUUACGUUGGUCACACACAGCACAACUACUAUAAGCAAGGGUAGAUCCAGGAAUAUAUGGGGGGGGUCAGGCCGAAGAUUUUUGCAAUGUCCCAUUUUUGUGGACUUUUGUAGUAUCCCCUUUGUACACACAAUAAGAUUCUAUGCGGUGAUAUCUCGUUUCAAAAUUUACGUUGCCAUUAUUUUAUUAUUUUGCUGUUUUUGCACCCCCCGAUCCGCGCCUGGGGGGGGUGUCGA